AUGGGGCAAAGACGAAAUGCCGAAAGUGUUAGGAACUUUGUUAUAUUUUUGUUGAUUUUACAAAACUGCGGCCAGGCACGCACCCAGCUGGAGAUCGAGCUGAAUACCGCAGCUGACGCGGAACGUGGACCUGACCAUGAAAGUGGGACCGAAAGUGGGCGUGGCCUUCGGAAUCCGCAAGCUCAGAUGAUGUGGCAGACACAGUCGGCAGGAGAUGAAGAAGUAGUGUUGGUUACAUCGCCGAAGCCCCUUCGCGUGGUCGAGCAACUGCAUCAGGAUUUGGCAAAGAAGCGUAAACAUACGAGCACAGUGAAGCCUUUCAAUAUACUACAACAAUUGGUCACGGAACAGGCUGAACAGUUGCGUCAGAAGCGGACAAAUGUGAGUUUCAACAUAUUGGAAGCACUUCAAAUGGAGCAGGACAAGUGGGAGAGACAGACGACCACAGUGAAGCCCUUCCGUGUGGUCCAGCAACUGCAACAGGAAUUGGAGGAGCUACAAAAACACACGACUACAGUGAAGCCCUUCAGCGUGCUCGAACACUUGGCCCUGCAACAGGCGGAGGAAUUGCGAAAGAAGACAUCAAAUGAGGAAGAGGCGUUUGAGGUACUACAGCCAGUGGCAGAGCCGCUGGAGGAGCACAAGGCGGUGCCGGCGGAGUCGACACGAGCCAAGGACAGUCAGAAGCGCAAACGCAAGAGGAUUCGGCGUCGACGUAAGCGCAAACGUAAGAGGGGAAAACGGAAGAGGAAAAGAACUCGCAAGAAGCGAAAAAAGAAGCGUAAGAAGCGCAAGAAGAAGAAAGGUGACAAAGACAAGAAGAAGAAGAGAAAGAAAAGACGAAAGAAGCCAACUCAAGAAAUGGGAAUAAUUGGUCAGCAGGCGCAUCUAAUCUACGCCAAUCCCACCAAGCAGCCUUAUCACUCCCACAACUAUCCAUAUCCGCAUCCGCAACAACCCCAAGUGAUACAGAUCGUAACCACCAAACGUCCGACAACUCCUGCAGCUCCAUUCAGCAAGAUCAAGUAUCUUUUGCGGCACAACAACCUCUUCAAGAAGAAGAAGAAGGAGUGGUUCAAUCAUGUGGGUCACGUCUUAUAUCCAUUUGUGAAAUUCGUUGCCUUCUUCACCAUCCUCAAUCCCUUCACAUUGGGCGUCUUCCUCUUCACGUUGAUCUCGCCAGCCGUCUUCGGUUUUCUGGGAUUUGUCGCAUUGAGUGUUUUGGUGAAACCUUUUCUGCAUCUGGUCUUCGGUGUCAAAGAUACAGUGGGUGCCAUCGAUAGGAAGCGUUAUUUGGCUAACAAGCGGGCCGAGCAACUGAAGCUGAAUCUGCGUCCAGUGACGAUUCAUAAGCAUUACUACCAACAGAAGCCUCUCCACUCUACACCUCCUCAUCGCUAUCGUCCUGUUGCGAAUUGGCGAAGACAGACAGCUUCACGUUCUCCGGAACGACGCCACAAUCCCUUGCUGCCAGCAGAUCGAGCAGCCCUUGCGCAUCUCUGA